GUCCGUCUGUCCGUCGUCUUCGAGCUCCAGCCUCCUCCCUCGCUCUCCUGAGUCUCCACCGAGGCUCCUCCGACCGCGCCUACUAGUCUUGUCUACUGCUGUGCUAGGGCCUAGGGGAGGGACGGAGGGGGAGACGACCGAGCAGGGCCGCCGGACCGGCGUUUCAGCUUUAGAAGCCCUAUUCCCUCCCCUCCUCUCCCUCAAGCAGUCAAGUUCAAUCCCCACCGGCGCCGCGGCGUAACUGAACCGCGGUCGCUCGGCUCGACGGCCACCCGAUAGCUAGAUGCCUGAAGAGAAAUCAGGAGGAGGAGGAGGAGGCGGAGGCGGCGGCCAUGGCGAUGGCGGCGACAUCUACAACGUCCAGGCCGCCGAGAUCCUCGCCAAGGAGGCCCUCCUGCUCCCCAUCAACGAGGCCGCCCCCAUCUACGAGAAGCUUCUCGCCACCUUCCCCACAGCUGCCAAAUACUGGAAGCAGUAUGUCGAAGCCUACAUGGCCACCAACAAUGACGAAGCCACCAAGCAGAUUUUCAGCAGAUGCCUGCUCAACUGCCUCCACAUUAGCCUUUGGCGCUGUUACAUCAACUUCAUCAGGAGAAUUAAUGAUAAAAGGGGCUCCGAGGGUCUUGAUGAGACAAAAAAGGCCUUUGACUUCAUGCUGAACUAUGUUGGGAAUGAUGCCGCUUCUGGCCCUGUUUGGAUGGAGUAUAUUACAUUCUUGAAGUCAAUGCCUGCUGUGACGCCCCAGGAAGAGUCGCAUCGCAUGACUACUGUACGUAAAGUGUACCAGAAAGCAAUUUUAGUUCCAACUAAUCAUGUAGAACAGCUAUGGAAGGAUUAUGAGAACUUCGAGAAUUCUGUCAGCCGCACCUUGGCAAAAGGUUUGUUAUCUGAAUAUCAACCAAAAUUUAACAGUGCUAAAGCUGUAUAUAGAGAGCGAAAAAAAUACAUAGAUGAUAUUGAUUGGAAUGUGCUGGCCAUCCCCCCUACAGGCUCUUACAAGGAAGAGCAACAGUCUAUGGCAUGGAAAAGACUCUUGGCAUUUGAAAAGGGUAAUCCUCAAAGGAUAGAUGUUACAACAGCUAAUAAGCGUGUUACGUUUACUUAUGAGCAAUGCCUGAUGUAUCUAUAUCAUCAUCCUGAUAUAUGGUAUGAUUAUGCUAUGUGGCAUGCGAAGAACGGUUCUAUGGAUUCAGCAGCUAAAAUAUUUCAGCGUGCUCUAAAAGCGAUCCCUGAUUCUGAAGUACUUAAGUAUGCUUUUGCUGAAAUGGAAGAGUCCAGAGGAGUAAUACAGACUGCGAAGACAAUAUACGAGUCUCUUCUAGGUGAAAAUGCUAGCGUGACCUCACUUGCACACAUUCAGUUUAUUCGGUUUCUAAGGAGAACUGAAGGCAUUGAAGCAGCUCGUAAGUACUUUUUGGAUGCUCGAAAGUCACCAAGCUGCACUUAUCAUGUGUAUGUUGCUUAUGCUACAAUGGCAUUCUGCCUCGACAAGGAUGCAAAGGUGGCACAAAGUGUGUUUGAAGCAGGUUUAAAGAGAUUUAUGCAAGAGCCAGGAUACAUCCUUGAAUAUGCGGACUUCCUGUGUCGUUUAAAUGAUGAUAGAAAUGUGCGUGCUUUGUUUGAGAGAGCACUAAGCUUACUUCCUCCUGAGAAAUCCAUAGAGGUAUGGAAGCGGUUUGUUCAGUUUGAGCAGACUUAUGGGGACUUGUCAAGCAUGCUUAAGGUUGAACAAAGAAGGAAGGAGGCUCUAUCUAGGACAUCAGAAGAUGUCCUAUCUGCAUCAGAAAACACACUUCAUGACGUAGUUUCUCGAUACAGUUUUAUGGAUCUUUGGCCAUGUUCAUCAAAAGAAUUGGAUUAUCUAGUGAGACAAGAGUGGCUUGCAAAAAACACUGUUAAGGUUGACAGAUCAGCUACGCUAAAUACCGGUAGUAUGCUAGAUAAAGGUACUGUGGGAAUUAGUGCAAGUGCGAGGUCGCUACCACGAUCUGGAAAAGUUGUUCGUCCUGAGACUUCCCAAAUGGUUAUUUAUGAUCCAAGACAGAUGAAAGGCCCAGAGUUUUCGGCGGCUACCAGUGGGUACACGAAGGAGGUUGAAGACAUGCUCAAAAUGCUAUCUCCGUCGACUAUGUCUUUCAUCAAGAAUUUGCCUGCUAUUGAAGGACCAUCGCCGGAUAUUGAUGUGGUGCUCAGCGUGCUGCUUCAGAGCACAUUGCCAGUCGCACAGAAUGCUGGGAAAGCAGGUGGCGCGAGUGAGCUCUCGGGCGUCGGCAAAUCUGGACUAAACCAGAAUGGAUCUGUUCAUAGACCUCCAAGAGAGAGGAGGAAGGAUGCCGGAAGGCACGGGGUGCAGGAGGAAGAGGAUGCGGCGACGGUACAGAGCCAAGCUGCAGCGCCGAGGGACAUAUUCAGGCUUCGGCAGAUCCAGAGGAGCCGCGGGUUGGGCGUGGGUGGUGCCGCUGCUGCCUCGCAGUCUGGAUCCUCGGCAUUCUCCUUCUCCGGCGGUGGAAGCGCCUUCUCCGGGGACCACUCUGCGGGCACAGACUAG